ACGAUACAGAGGAUAGCGGUCUUGAAUCGCUUUUGUGAUGUGACCGCUGGCUGCGCCACAGUGGUGCUUUUACGCACGAUGGAGGACCUUUUACGCGAGCAAUAUAGUUGGGCGCAGAAUGUUUCCUGGAACAACUCAACAAGUCGUGGAAAUGAGAGCCAUUUAGGAAACACCACAGUCAAUCCUUUAAAACGAAAUGAAGAAGUGGCCAAAGUGGAAGUUACUGUCCUGGUCCUGGUGCUGAUGCUAGCUCUGACGGGCAACCUGUGCGUCCUGUGGGCUAUCCACGCCACCAAGCACAGCCAGUCUCGGAUGUAUUACUUCAUGAAGCACCUGAGCAUCGCAGACCUUGUCGUUGCAAUUUUUCAGGUCUUACCGCAACUCAUUUGGGAUAUCACAUUUCGCUUCUACGGCUCGGAUUUACUGUGCAGGCUGGUCAAAUACCUCCAGGUCGUGGGCAUGUUUGCAUCCACGUACAUGCUCGUCCUCAUGUCCCUCGACAGGUGCUUAGCAAUCUGCCAGCCACUUCGCUCCGUGCACAAGAGGAAGGACCGCUUCUGUGUGAUCGCCUCUUGGACUCUCAGCCUGAUAUUCAGCACUCCUCAAGCUUACAUUUUUUCUUUGAAGGAGGUCGGGAACGGUGUGUAUGACUGUUGGGGAGACUUUAUACAGCCAUGGGGUGCCAAAGCAUACAUCACAUGGAUGAGUCUCAGCAUUUACAUUUUCCCAGUGGCAAUUUUAAGCAUCUGCUAUGGCUUGAUAUGCUUCAAAAUAUGGCAGAAUUUUAAUUUAAAAACGAGAAGGGAACACUUCCUGGCUCUCACUCCAAGGCACUCCAAAGGCGCCCAUCCCCUCUCUCGUGUGAGCAGCGUGAGGCUUAUUUCAAAAGCAAAGAUCCGCACAGUGAAAAUGACAUUUGUAGUGGUCCUUGCCUACAUUGUGUGCUGGACUCCCUUCUUCUUUGUCCAGAUGUGGUCUGCAUGGGAUCCUGCUGCACCAAGAGAAGACAUGGCCUUUAUCAUUGCCAUGUUGCUGGCCAGUCUCAACAGCUGCUGUAACCCGUGGAUCUACAUGUUCUUUGCUGGUCACCUAUUCCAUGACCUGAUGCAGUGCUUCUUCUGCUGCUGUAGACAGUACCUGACGGCCUCCUCCUGUAGCUGUGAUCGACAGAGCAAGCACAAGAGCAACUCUGUCACUUACGUCCUCAAGAACACCAGCAGCCAGAGGAGCCUCACGCACACAUCCAGCACAGGGGGACCCGGACACUGA